UCUCCCUGCUUGAAGGAGGGGAAGAGCCCUGGAUCCCAGAUGUGCGUAGCCCUGAGGCCAUGCCAGGAGACCUCAGCCCAGCAGGAAGUGGGAUUACAGCUAUGUUGGAGGAUCUGCAGGAGAGUGGUGUGGCUGAAGAGCGGUGGGGUAGUGUCUGUGUGGAGGAAAUCAGAAGGGAAGUCCAAGGAGGGCUGGAGCAAGGUCAGGGUGAGCUCAUCAAGAAGCCUCUGGGGAAGCAUCUGGGAAAGACAGGAAGCAGCCCACUGGACUUCAACAUAGGUCAAAAGGGGCCUGAAGAACCCAGGAGCAAGGAUGUGUGCCAGAAGAAAAAGCGGAAUCCAUGCACUGAGUGUGGAAAUAGCUUUGAAAAAGAUUCCAGCGUCGUUAACCACCAGUGCAGACACUCAGCAGUGAGUCCAUACAAGUGCUCUGAGUGUGGGAAGAGCUUCAAAUGGAUUUCCCACCUCUCCUACCACCAACGCAUCCACACAGGAGAGAGACCCUACAGCUGCUCUGAGUGUGGGAAGAGCUUCACAAGGAGUUCCCACCUCACCUCCCACCAACGCAUCCAUACAGAAGAGAGACCCUACAGCUGCUCUGAGUGUGGGAAGAGCUUCAAAAGCAGUUCAUACCUCAGGUACCACCACUACAUCCACACAGGAGAGAAACCCUGUAAGUGCUCUGAGUGUGGGAAGAGCUUCAAAAGCAGUUAUGAUUUGAAGCUGCACCAGCGUGUACACACAGGAGAGAAACCCUACAAGUGCUCUAAGUGUGGGAAGAGCUUCAAAAGCAGUUCUGAAUUGAAGAUGCACCAGCGUGUACACACAGAAGAGAGACCCUACAAGUGCUCUGAGUGUGGGAAGAGCUUCAAAAGCCGUUCCCACCUCAACAGCCACCAGCGCUUCCAUUCAGGAGAGAGACCCUACAAGUGCUCUGAGUGUGGGAAGAGCUUCAAAAGCAGCUCUGAACUGAAGAUACACCAGCGCGUCCACACAGGGGAGAGACCCUUUCAGUGCUCUGAGUGUGAGAAGACCGUAAAAAGCCGUUCCCACCUCAUGUACCACCAGCAGAUCCACACAGGACAGAGACCCUUCAAGUGUCAUGAGUGUGGGAAGAGCUUCAAAAGCAGUUCUGAACUGAAGUGCCACCACCGCAUCCACACAGGGGAGAGACCCUAUGAGUGUCCAGAGUGUGGGAAGAGCUUCAGGAGGAGUUGUGAAUUGAAGAACCACCAGCACACCCACACAGGAGAGAGACCCUUUCAGUGUCCUGAGUGUGAGAAGAGCUUUAAAUGAAGAUCUGGCCUCAGCACCCACAAGAACAUCCACCGUGCACACUGUUCUGUAGAAGCAUCUCAAGACUCUGGGAACCUUCAAAAGCAGUUCCAGCCCCGUUACCUACCAGCACAGCCAUACAAGGUACAGAGCCUGCAGGGCCCCGAAUAUGGGAAGAGCUUAAAGCCAGAGCCCAAGCCUGGUGACCAACUGUGGCUUUGUGUGGUGAUGAACCUUACAAAUUCCUUAAGUAGUGGAAGAGCUCUGCAGCCAAACUGAAUCCUCUUUUCCUUCUUCACAUGAGAAUUAUGCAUAUUGCUCUCCUUCAGCUGCAGUUGUUGUGUUGAGUGACCAUACAAAGGAGAAUGCAGAGUGGGAUGUGACCCAAAGGAAACCUCAGCUAGGCCGAUAUGUCACCGGGAAGGAAGAAAUCCUGUCUACAGGGAGUGUGGGAAGAGCUUCAUCUGGAGCUCUACCCUCAAUAGAUCUCAGAGAACCAACACAAGAGGAGAGUCUCUGUGAGUGCCUUGACUGCAGGAAGAGGUCUGUCCACAGCUGGGAGGUCAUCAGACACCCGUGGAUCCACGUGAGGAACCCUACAAAUGUGCAGCCUGUGAGAAGAGCUUUGGCCACAGCUCGAACCUGCUGAGGUACCAGAGUGUCUGCACUUGGGUGAGGUCCAAUCCAUGCCUGCACCAGUGAGUUCACGUGGCAGGAAGCCUUAGACAUGCCUUGAGUGUGAGCAGGGCUUUGUCCAGAGUGCAGAGCUCCUCACUGGCCCUGCAAGUUUUUCUGGUGCAUCACUGGCACCCUGUGCAGAAGGGACUUAACCCAGGAGUAACAUGGCUCUUGAAUGUUUUCUGAACAUCAUCUGUAGUGGAAACAGUAGAGGAUGAAUAAAGUAGCUGAGUUGUACUGAAGCUUUCUUCACUGCAGUCUUGUUUUUUGUUCUUAAAACAAAUGUCAUGAUGUGGAAUGAGGAGAGGGAAAGGUGCAGGUAGGGUUUGGCUUUGCUGCCUCCUCCAGCCCACUGCUUGCUUCUGGAGAACGCAUUUCUUUCACACAAUCCUAUCAUCCUCCCUAAGCGUGCUGCACAUUGGUUCUACUGCAUUUCCAGAAUGCUUUAAUCAGCUGGUCAGAGCAGCUGUGUGACACGAAGGCUUGGUUGUCUCCAGUAAAACUAGAAAAAGCUGAGCUUGUUCUUCCUAAAUGCACCAUUGCAAUUGUCUGGAGGUGGAGGGAGCAGAAGGCAGUGCAAACCCACACAGUGCACAAGCAGCUCAUCCGCACAGCACAGAAAUAUCAGAGUGCUC